AGCUGUAUCUGAGCCUAUACUUUGUGCUGUUGGAAAUGAUCCAGAAGCGAAUCUCAGCUCAGAAUUACACAGACGUGAAGUUGAAGCAAAUCUGGGAUUCUCGGUAUGAACAGCCUCGUCAGCUGUUGGCCUCGGAAGCUGUGUUCUUAUUUGCCGUCGUGCCGAGGUUCUAUACUUACAUUGGCAAGGAUGCUGGAGUAGCGCGGAUUCUAACCCUGGCCACAGGAGACAUUAACUUUAUCAGUAAACUAAUGAGUAUUGUGCAGGCCAAAACCUAUCAGGAGGAAGAUAUAGAGCUUAUCAUAGAUCAUGUCUCCGACUAUAUCACCCGAAAGGUCUACAAGCACCACCAUAACCUGAGGAUGAAAACGAGUGACCUCAACUCUGGGCCUCCGUCUUUUGUUCUCAUGGCCAGUAAAGCAUUACCCCGUAAGCCAGUUUCAAAAUCUCUGCAUUCCGCUGAUCACCUGCACCAAGGUAUAAGGAGUUCUCCAUACAGAAAGUCUCCAAUGGGAAGUUCUGCUAAGACUCCAGCUCUAGGAGAUUAUAUUCUUACUGAGCCACAAGUUAUGGGCCGUAUUACUUGUCUUCCAGAACCAUAUGUUGCAGAGAUCCAAAUGGACGCUGUUGUAGGUAACAAUAGUUGUCUGAUUGUCCAUCGACUAUAUAACAGCAAGAAACAUUAUAUCUAUGUUGAUCUAUCUGAAAUGGAAUGGGAUGAAUAUCUUGGCUGCUGGAAACCGCAAGGUGCCAAAGGAGACAGAAUUACCCUGACAUGUCCUGGAGAAGAAUGCGAAGCGGAUGAAAUCACUGAGUCAAGAUAUGAAGUUGCCAGCACAUGUGGUAGACUGAACAGGAACAGAAAGCCAGUAAAACUGUCACCUCCCUUACACGGCACAUCCGGAACAGAGACAAGUCUACGGCCUCUCUCGGCAUCAUUUAGAGACAAGAUCGAGAGCAGGAUUGAUUGGACAGGAAAAGCAGACAGCAUCUUAAAGAUGGAGUUGUGGAUGGUGCCAGAGAUGGGGACAACGGCGUACACUUGUGAAGAAUCAGAAGAAGCAGAGGCAGACAUUCUGAGUAUGGAAGGGGUAUCGAAAGCAAUGCAGGCAGAUGCUCAGUUUGACGAUAAGCAGGAUGAAGGAACACAAAUAGAGAUAUCAAAAUGUGAGAGAGGAGAAAUAGCUUCACUUGAUACUGAUUCAUUGCUACGGAUGGGACAGAUCACCGCUACAGAGAUACCAAAUGACUGGAACAUUUCCACAACAUGCCGUAACUUAGAGGUCAAACAUCCUAAAACUGACAACUUGGGAGAAAAUUUAGAAACAUCAGAGCAAAUCAAACAGAUGAACAAGGAAGACAGGCAAUUUACACAGAGCUUUGCUGUGCUGUUUCCAAAAGAAAAAUACAAGGAGACUGAACAGAAGUGUAAGCGGCUGGAGAGUAGCUCAUCCUAUCAGGAGAGUCGUAUUGAAGGGUGGAAAAGUGGCAUUCUAGGAACACCGAGGAAACAAAGAUCAUCUGUAAAAAGUGCUGGUUACAAGGUUCAGCACUUCUCAUUACAAGAUCAGCACCCUCGAUGCUUAUCAGUUAAUAACUGGCUGAAAGACUUCAGCAAGGUUCAGCCUUCAACACGCAAGUGUCGGCCUUCAACAAGCAAGUCAAGGCCAUUGCAAACCACGUAUUUUCUGCAGCAAAGUGGUUCAUAUAAAAAGAAACUGCCAACUGGAUGUUUACAUGGUGAAGCUAACAGACAGCAACUGAAAUCAGGAAAUGUUAUUGAAAAGUCAACUUCCAUCAACAGACAGAGGCCAGCAGUGGAUUUAAAGAGCUAACUUAGAGAAGCUGCCACCACAUAUUGCUGUGACACAGAACAGUUGUGGGCCUCAGAUUGACUUUCUCAUAUAUUUGUACUCCAAUGGAUCCCCACAAAAUAUAACCGUGCCUCCACAAAGUACAGAGAUGCAGCUUCAACCGCAUUCUAAAAAGUGCCAGAGCAAGUGAGGAGGGGACCACAACUGCGGUGUCUUUGUGAAGCAAACACGACCACCACAAGAAUUACAGGGGAACUGAGCAAACAAUUCUUAACAAAGAGAUCAUUGGUCUGUUACAAUUCUCUGCCACAGACCGUUGUUGAACUUCUUGUAAAAGGGGAUUGCCUUCAGCCUCUCUGCCCCCACUUUUUGGAACUCAAUCCCAUAGUCAAAUAUGCUACAUCCAUAGUAUUGCCCUGAUCUACAUUUAGUUACUACUUCAAAGAACUCUGUUAAAUUGGUUAAGCACUAUCUGCCCUUGACCAAUCCAUGCUGACUGUCCCUGAUUAACCCAUGCCUAUCUAUGAACUUGCUUACCUGAUCCCUUUUGUU